AUGUUACGAAGUCAGAUGAUCAAAACAUGUGCCAAAGUAUACACGGGCGGCCAGACGAAAGUCCCCUCGUAUUUGCUGGCGACAAUGCUAUUUUUCUUCAUUGUCGCAAGUAUAGCGCCAAAAUAUUCAGACAGAGCUUCCCGUCUAAGAAUUCGCUCUCGCCGCUCAAAUCACUUGCAAUCUUACUUAUUCCUCUUCUUCAUCUACAUCUCCGUCCCUCUAACAUUCAGAGGCAAGAUCUUGUUUGGGAAAAUUCACACAAUUACACCAAGUACUUAUCGCGUAAGGACAUUGUUGCAGCAUCUUCAUGGCAUACCUUAUUAUUACGAUACUGCCUUUUUUUCUGUCAUCAUGCGGCAAUUAGUUAUGGGCAAGCGAUUUGUCGUUGCAAUCUCUCGACAUUUCUCCUUGAGGGAUGAAGUUAGUCAGGCAUCUAUAUAUACAAGUCCGUUGAAUUUGGAGGCUUCUUAA